AUGGACGAUGGGAAAGAUGCGGUACAGGAACAAUAUCCUGAGACGUCAAUUUCUCAGCCACCGGUUGAAGGAAGGCAUAUGGCGAAGCAAAGAAGACAUACGUACACGGAGAAUUUGACAGUAAUCAUGGCCAUUAUGAAUGUCAGCGAGAAAGCAUAUAGGACCUUGAAGACUGCGAAAAUGCAGCCGCAGGAUCACCGCCAGAGUCGGGAGAACGAGCAGCGCUGCCGUCCCUGCCAUCAGUGUAUGGUACCGAUUGGCAUACAGCGCUGGGUCGGCGGCAGCACUCGGAAGCGUCGAAGAGUUCAUGUCGGCGGGCAGGGUGAGAGUGGCAUUGAGCACAGGCGAUAUGAAAAGAAUGUGGCAUGGCUGGAGUGGGAACCAUAUGAUGAUGCGACUUGUGGGAGCCCUGAAGACCAACAGAAAGUUGGCGUACAUGAAUACGAGCCGCAAGCAUUUUAG